AGAUUAGUAUGAGUGUCAGGGGUUAUGGGGAGAAGGCAGGAGAAUGGGGUUGAGAGGGAAAGAUAGAUCAGCCAUGAUUGAAUGGCGAAGAGAAACUUAAUGGGCCAAAUGGUCUAAUUCUGCUCUUAUGAGUUCAUAAGAUAGACCCUGGAGAUAGGUCCUUCGGCCCGCCGAGUCCGCACGGACCAGUGAUCACCCCAUACACUAGCACUAUCCUACACACUAGGGACAAUUUACACUUUUACCAAAACCAAUUGAUCUACACGACCAGCGAUCACCCCAUACACUAACCGACACACACCAGGGAUAAUUUUACAACUUAGCAAAACCUAAUUAACCUACAAACCUCUACGUCUUUCGAGUGUGGGAGAAACCCAUGCGGUCGCAGGGAGAACGUACAAACUCCAUACAGACACCACCUGUAGUCAGGAUCAAACCCGGGUCUCCUCUGACGCUGUAAGGCAGCAACUCUACCGCUGCACCACUGUGCCACACCACCCAUUCAUGUUCGUUUUCCCACUUUCUCAUCAACUCCUUACACACUAGCAGCAACUUACAGAGAUCAAUUAAACUACAAGCCCACAUGACUACACGCGGUCACAGGGAGAAUGUGUAAACUCCACACACAUACACAGACAGCCCCCGAGGUCUGGAUCGAACCUGGAUCUCUGAUGCUGCGAGGCAGCAGCUCUAACAGCUGCACCACUGUACUGCCCUCUAAUUUUUUAUCUUUCAGUUUCAGCAAUGAAUGCCCUAUCUGAACUUCCCCUUGAAAGAGUCUAAGGAUCUGAAGAAGGAUCUGACCUAAAAGGCUGUCUGUUCAUUUCCCUCCACAGAUGCCGCCUUACGUGCUGUGUUCCCGUUUUGCCUUAAAGUGAUGGGAAAGUAAUUUCAAAGGGAAUUGCUGGGACAUUUAUGUUAAUCACAUGAUACUUGGUGAGAGUGAGGAGUGAUCUUAUGGAGGUGUACAAGAGCACGAGUGGAAUAGAGAGGGUAAUUGCACAGAGUUUUUUACCCAUUGAGGGGGAAUCGAGAACCAGAGUAAGGAGGUUUAACCUGAGAGGGGAAACAUUUAACAGGAACCUGAGGGGGUAAUGUUUUUACACAUAUGUGAGUACAUAGAACAAGCUGCCAGAAGAGGUAAGUGAGGCAGCUACGAUAACAUCAUUUAACAGACAUUUGGACGCAAAGUGCUGGAGUAACUCGGCAGGUCAGGCACCAUCUCUGGAGAGCAUGGAUAGGAGAUGUUUUGGCUUGAGACCCUUCCUCAGACUGUACCAGUUGCGCUAAAGACAUUCAGACAGGUACAUAGUAGGAAAUAUUUAGAGGAAUGUGGGCCAAAUACGGGCAAGUGGGACGACUAGAGGAGAAGGGGCAUCUUGGUUGACAUGGGAAAAUUGGGUCAAAUGGCCUGUUUCCGUGCUGUAAGACUCUAUCAAAACUUAAGAGAGACACAAAAUGCUGGAGUAACUCGGUGGGACAGGCAGCAUCUCUGGAGAGAAGGAAUGGGGUGACGUUUCAAGUUGAGACUAACGAAGGGUCUCGACUCGAAACGUCACCCAUUCCUUCUCUCCAGAGGUGCUGCCUGUUCUUAUGAGUUGCUCCAGCAUUUUGUGUCUAUCUUCGGUUUAAACCAGAAUCUGCAGUUCCUUCCUACACAUCCAAUCAAAACUUCAUGGCAGCUGGUAAAACUACAUCCCCCACAAUGCCCCAGAUUGGUCAGCGUGAUUGACACCAGUAUAAGGCAAUAGCAAGAUUGUUCCUGGGAGAGGGGAGGAAGUUGUGACGUAGAUAUGGACCAAUCCGUCAAUGCUACACAGGCAGGACAUGAAAUAGCCUGAUCUUGUAACUUCAAGGAAAGAUAAAUCAGGAUUUUAAUGUAUUUUCUAUUACCUAUGGGACUAUGUAAAAUGUUGCAGUGAUAAAGCAAAAGUAUUGAUGAGUUCUGAACAAGUUCUCUCUCUCUCUCUCUCUCUCUCUCUCUCUUCCUUCAGCCACUCCUGACUGCCCUUGCCAUUGAAAGUUGUCAAUUGGAUUGGGCAAAGUUCCUGAUAUCCUCAGCAGGAUUUUAACGAAAUUGCUUUGUAGGCAAUGAAGGUUUGCGUUACAACCUUCGCUGGUGUUAGAAAUUGAGUUGUCUUCAAUAUAACCCCGUCCCAUGCAGUAACAGUGAAUGUCCAUAUCACCAAGCCUUAUGAAAGCCUAAUUAAAACUGAGAAUGGCAUCCGCUGUGGAGAUGGUGAGCAACGUCAAAGUCAAACACAGCUUGGACUUGCUCCAACGCAUCAUUAACAUGAGAGAGUCCGAUGAGUUGACCGAUGUGGUGCUAGUGACCCAGGGGUCCAGAUUCCCCUGCCACCGGGUUCUUCUGGCUGCGUUCAGCCCUUAUUUCAAAGCCAUGUUCACCUGCGGCCUGGCAGAAUGUAGUCAGAGGGAGGUGGCUCUCCAUGAUGUGCAGCCGGAGAGCGUGGUCACCAUCCUUGACUACAUGUACAGUUCGGAACUGCACCUCACCAACGCCAACGUCCAAGGAGUGGCCACCAUGGCCUAUUUCCUCCAGAUGGAAGGUAUUUUCACUGCCUGCCAGAAGUAUAUGUUGGAUCACAUGGAUGCCUCCAAUUGCCUCGGGGUUUACUACUUUGCAAAGCAACUCGGGGCUGAAGAGCUGUCCGAGCAAGCGAGCCGGUAUCUCCACCGGCACUUUGCCGAAGUCUGCUUGCAGGAGGAAGUUCUGGAGGUGGAGGAACACCAGUUGCUGCCCUUGAUCUGCUCCGACGAUCUGAACAUUUCCCGUGAGGAGACCAUCCUGGAUUUGGUCCUCCGCUGGGUCAACCACGACCGCAGACCGCGGGCGGCACACCUGGUGCAACUCUUGAACCAGGUCCGCUUGGUGCUCAUCAGUCCCACCUUCCUGAGGGAGACCCUGAAAAGGAAUACUGUCCUGUUGAGCAACGUGGAAUGCUAUAACAUGAUUCAGGUCACUCUGGAGACCAUCCACAAGGCAGAGCAGCAACCCUCCCUCAGUCUACGUUACGGGAUGGAAAGCACUGAUCUCCUCCUUUGCAUUGGCGUCAACGGCCAAGGCAUAAAAUCAAGGCACCGCAGUUACACUGAAACCAACUACUGCUAUGCGCCCAAGACAAAGAAGUCCUGCUACAUUGUGUCACCAAGUUAUGGUGAAACUUUGAGCUACGUUUGCACAGGAGUUGUGACAGAGAAUAAUGACAUUAUUUUAACUGGGGAGGCCGGAGUGUCAAAGCUAUCCAGGCAAAAGACGAAGGACGUCGAAAUAGUGAGGUACCACGUUCGAGGGAGUCAGCAGUGGGAGAGAGUGUACUCUGCUCCAUUCCGAGAGCUCUAUAGCUUGGGGACAGCCCAAGGCUGCCUAUACCUGAUCGGAGGGCAGAUGAAGCUCAAGAAUCGGUAUGCCAUCACAAACUGCGUGGACAAGUUGGUCCUGGAGACGGGCCAGUGGAGGAGCACCGCACCCCUGCCUUUGCCACUGGCGUGUCACGGUACGGUCGCCGUGGGCAACCAGAUCUACGUGAUGGGAGGAUGGACGCCACAGAUGGACCUUCCCGAUGAUGAACCCGAGUGGCUCAGCAACAGAAUGUUUCGCUACGACCCCAGGAGGGACAGGUGGACCGAGUGUGGGCGCAUGGAAUUCUCCAAGUAUCGUUUCAGCACAGCUGUCCUCAACGGAGAGAUCUACGUCAUGGGUGGGAUAGGCUGCCAGGGAGUGGACCGUGGGCAGGCCAGGAGGUGUUUGGAUGCAGUGGAGAUAUACAACCCGGAUGGAGAUUUCUGGAGGAAGGGACCUCCGCUACCAACACCCAUUCUGUCGCUCAGAACCAACUCUACAAACGCCGGGGUGGUGGACGAGAAGCUGUACGUCUGUGGGGCCUUCCGCGGCGCAGAUCGACAUGAAGUCAUCGUCAAAGAGAUAUUGGAAUUGAAUCCUUGGGAGAAUCAGUGGAACGUGGUGGCCCAUAAUGUCCUCAUGCACGACAGCUACGAUGUCUGCCUUGUCGCCAGACUCAACCCCAGGGACCUCAUUCCACCACCUUCUGACGUGGUCGACCAGUGAAAGACGGGCAGAGACUCCAUUUGACCUUUAUCUAGGGUGGCGUAGCGAGUAGAGCCACUGCCUCACAGCGUCAGAUACCCGGGUUCUAUCCUCACCUCAGAUGUUGUUUGCUGCAGAGUUUGCAUGUUCUCCCUGAGAACCAUGUGGGUUUCCUCCUGGUGCUUUGGUUUGCUCCCACAUCCCAAAGACGUGCGGGUUUAGAGAUUAAUUGUCUCUUUGUAAGUUGCCCCUAGAGUGUAGGGAGUGAAUGAGAAAGUGGUAUAAUAUGGAUCUAGUGUGAAUGGAUGAGCGAUGGACAGUUGGACUCAGUGAGCUGAAGGGCUUGUUUCCAUGCUGUAUCUCUAAUUGUUUGAAUUUCCUUUUGAUAACUGCGCUAUAAGUACUAAUUUCCGUUUACAAUUUACAGAACUGUUAUUCUUUUGCAAGUAGGAAUUUCUGCAAGUAAGAAUGUAGAGAUAGCACCCGUGUCAGGAUCAAACGCGGGUCUCUUUCGCAGUGAGGCAGCGAGUCUAACUCCACGCCACUGUGCUGCCUCUUGUGAUUAUCAGAUUCCAGAGGUUUGGUGUUGGGCAAGAAAAAAAUAUUGUCUGUUUGAGCAGUGUGGUUGUAAUUAGGGUUUCUAUGAUGGGAAUUAUGGUUUAUAAAUUAGACACAGGGUCUUGGAAGCCAGAAGACAUUGUAUGAAUUAUGGAGCGGAUCUGCCCUCUUCUGAUCGUAGCUUGCACCUGCAACAUUGUGGAAUUUGUUGCAACUGAUCAUAACGCUUGGAGAAACAAGGAACUGCAGAAAGAAAAGAUUGAUAAUGGCUGUUCUGCAUAUUUGAUUGAUUUAAAGAUCAGCAGGGAAACAGGCAGUUCGGUCCAUCGAGUCCAAACCGAAGAUCGAUGGUCUAUGUUAUCCCUUUUUUCCCAUCCACUCCUUAUACACUGGGGACAAUUUACAUAGCCCAUUUAACCUACAAACCCACACUUUUUUGCAAUGUGGAAGGAAACUGGAGCAAUCGGAGGAAACCAAUGCGGUUGCAGGAUGAACGUGCAAACUCCACACAGACAGCACCAAGAUCGAACCGGAGUCUCUGGCCUGUGAGGCUGCAGCUCUACCAGUUGCGCUACUGUGCUGCCCUUGCUGCUGCCAGCCUGAUUUCCAUUGUACCUGCACCGUGCCGUACUUAUGCAUAUGACAAUAAACUUGACUUGAAAUUCCCCUUGUUCUAUGUAUCCCUCUACAAAUGAAAACUAACUUGUUACCUCACUUUCACAGUUCUGAUUUUAAAAAAAUGACCUGAAACAUUAACUUUCGUUUUACUUUUAGAAAUACAGCAUGAUAAAUAGGCCCUUCGUCCCACCGAGUCCAUGGCGACCAUCAAUCACCCGUUCACACUAGUUCCAUGUUAUCCCACUUUCUCAUCCACUCCCUGCACCCUUCCAAUUUACAGAGGUUAAUUAACCUGCAAACUUGCACAUAGGAGAGAAUCCAAAGAAACUUUGUUCCUCUUUCCACAGAUUCUGCCCGACGAUGAAUAUUUAUUCUGUUCUUAUUUCGGAUUUUCAGCAUACAGUAUUUUUUAGAAUUUAUAAAACAUGGAUUUAUAAAUCUAUUUUUCUAGUUAUAUUUUCUUUUUAUCUUUGACUUCUUUUUUCAAUUGUUAAGGUAAGGAAGGAUUGAAAUAUCAGAGGACUUAAUUAUGUUUAAUUUGUGUUUAUUGUAUGUUUUGUUUUUAUUGGUUCUGUGUAUGACUGCAGGCAACAUAAUUUCGUUCAGACUGAAAGGUCUGAAUGACAAUAAAGGAAUCUAAUUCUACAAUCUUCCAGAUCACAGUAGUGCAGUUGGCAGAGCUGCUGCCUCACAGUGCCAGAGACCGGGGUUCAAUCUGAACAUCGGGUGCUGUCUGUAUGGAGUUUGCACGUUUUCCCUGGGACUGAAUGUGUUUUCUCCACGUGCUCCAGUUUCAUCCCUCAACCCAAAGACGUGCAGGUGUGUAGGUUAAUUGGCCUCUAAAAAUUGGCCCUAGUGUGUAAGGAUUAGAUGAGAAUGUGGGAAAACACAGAACUAGUGUGACUGGGUAGUCGAUGGGCUCGGUAGACCUAUUUCCAUGUUAUAUCCUUCAAUCUGUAAAACAUUACUGAUAAGUGGCAAGAAUGCUUUUUAUCUAAAUCAAAUAGCAAAAACGAGAAACAAAAGCAACUGAAACACAUAACCUUCAGAAAGUAAAUCAAAGCAGACCAUUUCUUAAACAAUAUAGCUCUUAGCAAAGAGUGAACCAGCCAUUAGAAGUGUCCUGAAGGAAAUCUUUAAACUUUGGGUUUAAAGUUAAUCAUUAGGUUUAUUAUUGUUACGUGUAUUGAGGUAGAAUGAAAAGCUUUGUGCUGUAUGCUAUCCAAACAGAUCAAACAAUACUGUGCAUAGAUAUAAUCAAUUCAGUCAAGUACAAAAGGCAGAAUGAAGAUACAGAGUGCUGAAUAUAGUUCCCAGCGUUGUAGCGCACCAAUUUCAGAGAUAAAGUCCAAUGUCCGCAAAGUAGAGACAAAGCUGUAUCCUAGCUUAUGGAAGGACUGUUGAAAUUCCCGAUAACAGAGGGGAAGAAACUGUCCCUGAGUCUGGUUUUGCACGCUUUCAAGAUUCUGUACCUCUGACGGACAGGAGUAGGAGAAGGAAUGACUGGGGUGGAAUGGGUUUUGAUUAGACUGGGUUUUUUCACGAUUUUGAGGGGCAUAGAUAGGGUAGACGGUCAGAGCUUUUUGAAAAUUUAAAUACUGGAGGGCAUAACAGUAGAUGAGAGGGCAAUGUUUAAAGGAGACUAGACUAAGUGGGACUGGUUAGGUCCCAUGUUCACACGGGAGGGCUGGUCCCCCAACGCAAUAUUCCACCUCUCCACCAAUACCAAUAUUGGGGGGAUUUCUGGAGUGUUGUGUUGUGGGCCGAAGGGACUGGUUUCCAGAGGGAUAGUAUGGGCAUUCUGGGCCGAAUGGAUUCGUGGGCUGGCAGCUCAGUCACUCAGGCCUGGUGGGCUGGCAGCUCAGUCACUCAGGCCUGGUGGGCUGCCAGCUCAGUCACUCAGGCCUGGUGGGCUGGCAGCUCCGUCACUCAGGCCUGGUGGGCUGGCAGCUCAGAAACUGCCAGAAAUUCUGCCCAAAACAGGUAAGAGAGAAGGUGGAGAGGGUGGAGAAUCAAUUUUAGACCUUUUUCAUCUUUUUCUGCAGAUCACAGCAAUGAAGGAGGAAAGUCUAUCCUGGCCUGGAACUCACAGGGAGCCAAUGAAGGGAAUGAAGCCAAUGAAGAGCCACAUACUGAGCUGAGGUUUAAUAUUUGCAGGGGGAAUACUUACUUAUGGACCGAAAGGAUGCCUCCUGGGCUAGUACAAGCUUGAUAGGCCAAAGGGACUCUUUAAAAAAAAAAUCUCAGUGAAAGACACUUUUUCUGGACUUUUCCUGGCCUGGCACGGGCCUUUUGGGCCAAAAUGCUCCUCCUGGCUAAUACGGGCAUUUUGGGCAAAAGGGACUGGUUUCUCGGCUAAUAGAGGCCUUGUGGGCCGAUAUUAGUGGUUUCAGGCAGGCAAAAUACCUCAUUUCAUUUCCAUUUCAAUUUCAAGCACAGGGCAGGCCUAACAGCUCAUUGCAUUUUCAUUUCCAUUUCCAUUUCCAUUUCAAUUUCAAUUUCAAGCACAGGGCAGGCUAUAUAGCUAAUUGCAUUUUCAUUUCAUUUCCAUUUCCAUUGCAGUUUUAAGCUGAGGGCAGGCCAAACAGCUCAUUGCAUUUUCAUUUCAUUUCCAUUGCCAUUGCAGUUUCAAGCCCAGGGCAGGCAAACAGCUCAUUGCAUUUUCAUUUCAUUUCCAUUGCCAUUGCAGUUUACAACACAGGGCAGACCAAACAGUUCAUUGUGUUUUCAUUUCAUCGGUCGGGACAUCUAUAUCUAUAUAUAUUACUAAACUCUCAUCUUGUUUGCUUGUUUGUAUGCGUGUGAGUGAUUUCCCGAAACACAGCCAAAACGGUACAAGACAGCGCUACAAUUUUUGGCCCACCUUACCAUUGUUCUGCGGUGUGCAUUAGCCAAGUUUCAUUCAGAUUGAUGGUAUAUUUUACAAGCUAUUGACAUUUUAAACUUUAUAAAAAACACUUUACAAAACCACUUUUCCACUAAUCCUGCCCAU